UUCAAGACGUUUAUUUUCGUAAAAAUAUAAAUAAUUAUACAAAUUGUUUCUUUUUUUUUAAACAUAUUAUAAUUUAAUUUCUCAAUCUAAAAUUUAAAUUAAGUAUUGUAAUUAAUUAAAAUUUUAGAUUUAUGGAAAUUUCGUCCCGAGAUAUUUAACUGUUUAUAUUCCAUUACAUUUUUCUUAAUUUCUAAGCCAGGUACUUUAUUAUGACAGAUAUAAUGAUAGUCUGAAUCAUGUUGUUUUUGGACAUACCUUUCACGAUAAUAAGCCGACAACUUUAUAAGAACAAACUUCAGACUUUAUGUGUAAACACUAUAACAUAAAAACACAACAUUUACCUAAUAGCAUUCGUAAUUCUUCAACUCGCUUAGAUAAAAAUAAAUAAUGAAUUAAAAAAUUUUUGAGUCUCGUAUGGAUGUGGCGCAUACAUACAAAUUAGACGCACUUAAAGUUUAUUUGUUGAAUAAUAUCAUUUCAAGUCUAUAUGUGUUUGUAAUUAUAAUAUAUAAUAUAUAUUUUAUACGAAACAUACACACACGCAAGUGCUUUAUAUAAAAAAAUUACGCACACACACAAGAUACACGUGUAACAUUUUACAUAAACAAAGAAACAUUUAAAAUUGCUAAUGAGAAACAUUCGAACUUAGAACGCUUUAUAACAUGACUCGAGAAUACAAAGCGUUUAAUAAAUUUGACGGCCACUAGGCCAUCCGACGCAUCUCAAGCAUGGUUAAGCAUUAAAAAUAUCAAUUAAAAUUAAUCUAGGUAUUACAAAAACAAUUUUUAUAACAUUUUUACUAAAGAUAUUUAAAAGUUGACAAUUGUUGUGUUGAAAUAUCAUAAAUAGCUCUGAUUUAUCACUUAAGUAAGAAGAUAAGGUACUGCACACUUCAUUGGAUGUUGUGAUAAGCAACAAUGUUGUGUGAGCCAUAUUAUUUUUAUUGUUGUUAGGCAUGUGCUGCCUGUAUGUCUACAGUAAAUAAAUAUAUAAUACAAGUUUUGACAUUUUUAAAAUUUUCUAUAAUUGUCAUAAGUUGUUGGUUUAAAAAACAAUUUACUUUUACAUUUUCGUUCGCACCGUAAUCUAUUAGUAGACGUUUAACCUAUAUAACCCGACCAUAUUAAAUACGAACAAUUCAAACUAUCCUCUUAAUAGUUUGUUUUGAAUCGUGCUAAGAAUAAAAUCGAGAACCGGUCCCAAAACGUUCUACGAUCAGAAUUUAAAUUACACCAAAUUGACUUUUAUGACCUAUAUUUAAAAGGAUAUUUUUUAUGUGAAUUUUGUCGAUUGUUGAGUUUCUUAUUUAUAAAUUACAAACAAGUUUUAUUUAGGAUUGAUUUUCGUAUGAUAAAAAUUGGAAUUAGAAAUUCUAAAUUUUAAUAAUGUCUUAAGACGUAACUUAAAAAUCAAAAUUUGAUACUUCGUGAUUUACAUUUAUAUAAAAAUAAAAAACCCUUCUUUCAAAAUCAAAGAAACACAUCUUAUAUUUGUUUCGCGGAAUACAGAAUUCCGUCUAAAAUUUCCUUUGGCGUCAGUAAAAAAUUUCCAAUUUCAACAGACUGAAGCCAUGGGGUGGCAUAAAAUGCUGCUUUAAUUAAAAUUUCAAAAGAACAUACUUCGAUCAAUAAUACUACUACUAUUAUUAUUGAUCGAAGAGAACAUAUUUAAAUUUAUUUCCGAGGAGCGUAAUCAUUUGUCGUUAUAACAUUAAAUUAAAUGGAAAAUGUUAUCAUUAAAAUACGAAUAAAGAAUAAGUCUUCGGUAAGUGAAUACAAAAAAAUUGGUAAAGUCGAAAAUAGUAAUUGCUAAAUCAACGAGAGAUCCAUAGAAAUGAAUUGGUAAAAACGGUUUUGAUCCGCGCCCCGCGGUACCGUCGACGGAAAAGGAUGACGCAACAAUUCUUCAACUUUACGUUUGCAAGCGAACGGUCUCGCGAUAUUGUUAUGUUAAUUUUGUUUUUUGUUAACGCUUUAUUUAUAAUACAGAAGUUGUUUUCUUAACACGAUCUCGUUCUGAUUGUUUCGUUGUUACUACUGAUUGUCCAAGGCGAACAUUAAUUUAAGGUUAAUAAUGUUGCCACAAUCGAAAAUUUUAAUUAAGUUUUUUUGAAGUGAAAACUUCUUUUAAUAUUGUUUUGAUACGAAAGUCGAUGAAACGAAAAUGCGACAGUAAAAAGAGAUAGACACGAGAGAAAAGAGAUAGACACAUAAAUUCGUAAGAUUUUACUUGGGAGAAAAUGAGAUAGGAAGCGUUAUACCUACAGUGUUUGUUAUAUUCGUGAUUCUCUUUGUGCUCUGCUUCGUACCUAAUAUUCGUACUUAAUACAUUCUGAAUAAAUCUAGGUAAUAUAUACGAAUAAAAUGUAAAAUAUUAUUAUCACACUUUGUAUCACUACGAUCAUUACUAAAACCUACAAUUAUCCUCUUCCCGAAAUUUUACAUUCGUCUCAUUAUCUUGGAGCCAAAAUUUUUGAAGGUUUCAUUUCUACCAUGUGUGAAUUGUACACAUUUUUUUUUGUAGUUAAUAAUCUCUACCUACAUGAUAUUACCACACGUCUUGGGGCAUGAGGUCAGUCUGAGUUGAAUUGUAUCACGACUAUCCUACCAAUCGGAACGAAUUUCGCGGCAGAAAUAGGUAGAACGGGAUACCGACUAGGAACUUUUUAUUUAUUGCGUUAAUGGGUGCACGGAGCUCACGGCCCACCUGGUGUUAAUUGGUUACCGAAGCCCAUAGACAUCUACAACGUAAAUGCCGCCACCCACCAUGAGAUAUGAGUUCUAAGGUCUCACUUUGUACAGUUCAACGCUAUGAUACCAUCCACAGCUGAACAUACGGCUGCUGUACAACUGUUGUACCAAUCUUUGCCUAUAGCAACCAGUCGAGAUUGGAUCACACAAGAUCCUCCGCCCGGAGUAUAGCAUCUCCUCGUGUUUUGUAAACAACUACAAGAAAACGUUAUACACGCAUCAGUUGCUUGAAUUAAAACGAUAACUCGAAGCGAAAUGAUAUACAAACACUCACUCUGUAUCGCGUUUCAGUUUAAAUAACCCCGUUAUCGCAUUAUAAUUUCGUGUAGAUUAAACGAAUCAAAUCCAUAUACUUAAAGCAACUUACUAUUUGAUGCGAUAAAAGAAAGGUUAAAAAACAUAAUGUAAUUAGGCGUUGUCAUUGAGAAUUGGCGAAUAGAUUAUAAUAAAAAUAAAAAAGUAAGUAGGUACAAGAACUACGAAUUUGAGUUAACUAUUACGCUAUCGAGAACGUUAAAUAACUCGUACUAAGCACACUGAAGUCAGAAAGGAGCCUGCUGCUGUAGGCUUGACGACACAGCCUCGAAUGAUUGAUAUCCAUCACGACGGUGACCACUCAGCUUCUGGUAGCUCUUCAGCUUUCAGAAGAGAGUCUAGUAGUAUCUUAAGUGUGUGUUUAAUUUACAAUAGUACUAAAAGCUAGUCAGAAGCGACGCCGACGUGGUGAUAAUCAUUGCAGUGAGAGUUUACUCAUUAGUUUCUUUGUUUUUAACAUAAAUAUUGUUAGAUUGUUGGCAAAUUAUAACGGUAAAUCAAUAAAACAAUUGAUGCAACAGUUUGGAACUGUGCAAGUUGUUUUUUAAUUGCUAUUCUGGACAGAUGAGCUUACGACCAUCGAUUAUGUGCAACAGCAAUACCAGAGGUUGACAUAUAAUAUCUAAUAUCAUCUAAUAUCAGAGACAGCUGAUGCGUACUGAUUUAUGCACAAGAACGUACACCAUAGUAAAAUUACAUCAUUAUUUACAUCAGACUGAGUAAAGACCGAGUAAAUUAUAAACGAUACAAGAUCUCAAAGGAGUUGCUCCUGAAAUCGGAGUCACGGUGCCAGAUGUAAAAAACCGGGCUCGUCCGGUAUUGUUUUUUGUUACAGUUCUUUAUAUCCCACCUAAUUACAUACGAAAUCGGUGAUGUUUCGCCUUCGUUUGAGAUAUCGUAUUAAAAAGAAAUAACUUAAUACAGGCCCAUACAGCUAGGCCUUUAUGUGGUAUUGAACAUUACAGCUUCACAGGGAUUUCCUUGUCCCCCAGUAAUAUCAAAGUUAAUCAAACCUAAAAAUCCAAAGUGUUUAAACCCUAUUGAGUUUCUAGUAGACUCAGCGAAAUAUUGCUCUUUUUAGAACAGUUGUUGGAUAAUUCUUACGGGCUUUGGCCCAUAAGCUCGACCAAGCAGGCUGAAACCAGAAUAGUUCCUCGAUACUAUUGGCAGAUAUACCAACUAUACCAGAUUAGUUAAUAUUAAUAUACCGUUAAGAUGCUUAUAGCCCAACAAUAUCGUGCACCAUACAUUGUUAUGGACACGUUCACACUGUACUGUUCUAUAUAUUAUUGGAUAAGUAUAAGCCGCUAUACUAUAUGGCACUAUAGUAGUCUGAAAGCAGCUUUAGCCGCAUGAGUUUAUUUUAUGUAAUUUAUACGUAAAACUGUAAAUUGCGUACGAACGUGAUCAAAUUUUGUAUCUAAGCCCGAAUUACAAGUUAAAUAACCGAGAUUAUAAAGGGCGCGGAUCAAAUAAAUGUGACCUAAAAAAAAAGAAAAUCAUCCCUGUGCACCCACAUAAUACCUUAAUCGCGACAAAAUGAAAAGAAAAAAAAUUUGAACCUGUUACAUGGGAUCAGGGAACAAUACAUCUUAUCCCGGUUUUAUUGUUGGAGUCCCGCGGCCGUCGGAUCUGCAACGCCCCCGAUGAAUUCUGCAAAUCCCUUCGAAGACAAGUCUGCUACCUGCUCCAAAACUACGGCUCGAUAUUUUUUAUUGGUUCACGUUUGUUCAAUAUCACCUGUUUUGUAAACCUAAAGUUUUUUUUUUACGGUUGCCCUAAAUAGGGAAGUCUGACUCACGGCCCAGCUGGUUAUUGGAACCCAUGGGCAUCUCAACGGGAAUGACUAGUCUAUUUACUAGUUUCCUAGACUAGUUCUUUGUGGCAGAAAAGGGCAGGUCGGUAAUGGCAACCCAUAAGCCCACACGGAAGUUGAAAUGUCAUUUUUAUUGUAAAAGAACAAUCCUAAUUUUACCUCACAAAGAAUACCAACCCGGCAUCAUUUCAUAUAGUUAAACCAGAAGUUAAUCUUCACAUUACAAAAUACUUUCGGUUCAUUGUGAACAUUCAUACUUCUCCAGGGUCGACCUACAUAUCGUGCCUUACCUACGAAGCUCCAGUUGCAUGGAGUCAUAAAAAACCACUAACCAAGCAUUUGUAUUAAGAAGUCCUUAAACAUAGAUAGAUGACACGAUUGUUUUUAAAACGCUGAUCCGUCAUUUUAUAUUUGGCGAAGACAUAAAACCAAUAAAGAUUGUUAUUGUGUAAACACGUUAUCUCGAUUAGAUAAAGAGUUAUAAAAACAUGUUUGUAUUACAAGAUUUAUGUUGUACUUAAGUAUGUAUCUAAACAGCUUUGUCAGAGGGCUCUAAAUAAUUUUUAAGUAAACAUCUUGAAAAAAAUAUCUGUGAUUUUUUCGUGACUUUUCUCUUAGAAAUGUAUUAAAAUAAUAUAUAGAUUAAUUAGAAAAAAUAGGCAGAUGAGUUUAGGAAGUUUACGAGUACCAAAACAUGAUGGCACCACUGCUAUUUCGCAUCUCGAAGAGAAGCCGUAUUCAAGACAAAACAUUAGGAGCAGGAAUAGAGGAAAUUAAUUACGAAAGAGAUGGCGAACACUCUUAAUGCUCACCCGUAAUGCCUAUUAAAAGGUGAUCCAAAACCUGUAAGGCACUAUAGAUAUUUUUCAGUUUAUAAGUAGCAAGAUUCCAAUUUUCUACACGUCACACAGUUCAUGUUACUAUGUGAAUUCGUCUGAUGAAAAUUGGCUUCGCGAGCUAUAUAAGUCUUCAAGAAACUCCGUUCGCUGUCAUCGGAUACAAGGAAUUUUUCGAGCUGAUGAUUAUUACAAAAAAUGAGUUUUUAAAUUCGAUACUGGCACUGGUUUGCGUGCAGGCGAGCCCACACCGGCUCGUGAUACUGUACUGUUCAUGCCGGCUGCGAUGCCAUCACGGUUUGAAUGCAUUUAUUUCAAUCAAUUUGUGUCUCAAAAUGAGUAGCGGCCGUCGGUCGCAAACAAGAAAUAUUACUUAGACAGUUAACUUUAUUGUUUUUCAAUGUUUAGCGGCAGUGUUUUUCGAUUCGUUUCGGUUCUAUGAGUCACUUUACCGCUCAAGGCCACUACGCCGGCCGGCGUUCCGUAGCAACUGUUUUUUUUUUUUUUCAACUACACAUUUUUUUCUUUGUGGUUCUACGGUUAUUGCCAGUUAGAAAUUGGUUAACUGAUCGCUGAUCGGUUAGGUAACAUAAAACUUUAAGUACACAGUAGUCGAUUUUGUGGAUUUUCGUUGAUAAAUUUAUGUGUUUCAUUUUUGGCAACACUACGAAUUAGGUUAACGAUUUUUGUCUAUUUUUUCAGACUGUACAACGUUUGACGGAUUGCUAUAGUUUAUUUACAAUUAAAACUAGUAUGUAAUGAAUAGAUUUUUUUUUCAAUUGUGUUGUAAUGUGAAUGAAUUUUUAGACAAAGCAAUGUUAAUUUAACUAGCGACAGAUAACGUAAAAUUGGAAUCGAAAAUCGAAAUCUAUAUUUAGGUGUCACACUAUAUGUAAAUAAUCUGUGACGAUUUCGGUGUUACGGCAUUAUGACCUAAAGAUCUUAGUUACCAGGUCAUAAAAUCCCUUAAAAAAAAUGUUACAGCACUCUGACAAUGACAUCGUCCUUCAGAUUUCAAGUCCUUCCUUGUCUUUCAAGAACAUCACGAUGCUCUCUUAGGUACCACCAAUCAGCAUAUAAUGAAACGAAUAAUUUCAGUGGAAGUUUAUUUAUUCAAAUGUAAAUAUCCGUUUGACUGAUGCAAUAUUCGAGAAGAAUUGCCUACUCCCCAAAGUUAGGUGAAAAUUCACUAGAACUUUCUUUCGUAUUUACAGUUCGUUCUAAGACGUUAUAGUGAUUCUCUUUCGAUAUUAAAAAUAUUUUUGAAUGUUUUAUGGUGUAGGUAAAGUUAGUUAUUUUACAAUAUAUUUCAAUAAAACUUUAUACUUUAUUCUAAGCGCAAUAUGGUGUGACAUAUUAUUAAUUUGUUUAGUUUUUUUGAAUUCAAGAAUGAAGAUAAGAAAUAAAAAUUAAAAUCCAACAAUACAGUUAUCAUUAAUGUAACAAGUGUUGCUAAUAUGUUGUGUACUUAUCGUCUUAAAACAGAAAAAAAAACAAAAAUGAUAUGUGUAUCUUCAGACUAUUUUCAACUUGUUUUUCACAAAGUUUAUUUAAUGGAGUACUAAAAUGAUGUCAAAACAGUCAUACGUCUUCUAGUUAUUUAAAAAAUACACUACUUAUAAAACUUUUAUUUCUAUGUUAUCAAGAUUUUGCAGUUUAUGACCGCUAGUCGAGGAUAGUAUUUAACAAAUUAAAUUAUGGACUAUAUCUUAAUUCAGUUAAAACUUAUAACGUUUUUAUUUGUCUUACUUACCUAUACACAUACAAUAAAACAAUGAACGAUAUCACGGAAAUCCUUAGACAAACAUAAAUAUGUAUGUUUUAUCGCUUAGUGUUCUUAUCUUUACGUCCAGACUAGUCGACUUGACGCCUGAUAAAUAAAUAUACAUAAAUUAUCUAUAAAAGAUGUUACAAUAUUUUUAUUCUAAUGUUUCCUAUCGGUAACAAAGGAAAAAAAAACAAAUGUCAUUAACGAAACACUUUAGAAAAAUAUAUCACUGGGUCUCAGAGCCCGUACGCGUUCGAACAAAGAAAAGCCGGCCGGCUUUCUUUCGUGAGACGACACAGACACGUCCUUCUCACAACACGGCCGGGCGCAACUGGCCUGCGGGGAGGUCGGUGCCGGUUGCGGAGCGACUCCCCGCACCCCCGGCCUCGACUCUCUAUAUAAAUUGCCUGUGCUUCCCGUUUCUAUCAGUCCGUCAGAAAGAGCGACAGGGUUGGGUGGGUCAUACAGUGAGCCUAGGGCGAGUGACGAAGCCCUGUGGUUACGAGAUCAGAUCUGAUGCGGUCGUGAGCUUAGGACAUUUUCAUAUUCCCAUCGAUCUCUUGACGAUAACUAGUCGCCGGUCCGAAAACCGGUCGUUCAGUGCGAAUUAGCAGUACAAAAGAGACUUGUGAUAUUUUUCUAGUAUAAGUUCCGGUAUUCAUCGGAACAGUUUAAAUUUUUUCGUAUCUAAAAGUGUACAAUAUAAGUAAAAAUUUGGAAAACAUGGAGAUCCUGCCGGUCACCAAUCAAUUUAAUGUGGGAUUCAACAGCGAAAAAGCGUGGAGCGGGCCGACAUGGCGGGAAGCGCCGGCGCCGGUGCCGACGGAAGCGGCGCUGGCCCAGAGGCUCGAGAGAGAACUACGAGCGGCCAAAGGAGCCAGCGAGCUCGCCACCGCGGAGGUCUUAGUGCCGGCGGAGCUGCUCGCGAGGGCGUCGCGGCAGACCCUCGCGCUAGCGGAGGGAGAGCCCUGUGGGUCCCGGGGCGCAGCCGUCAUCAUCGACGUCGCGGGACGAAGACUAGCAGCCUUCAAAAUAGACCCGAAUACGUUGACCACGCACGAAAUACAUCUACACCUUGAACACGACCCCACGAACUGGACGAGUCUGUUGCCGCAAUUCUUAAAAAAUUUAACGCGAGGCGGCACCAUCAUCAUCAGCCCCCAGUUCACGAUAGAGAAGAAGAAAUUGUUCAGGAGCCAGGCGGAGUGAUGGCUGGGCGCGAGCCGACUGACUGCCCUCCUCGAUCGAUAUCUACGUAUCGUUAAUUUGACAAAUAUCAAUAUUAUUAUAAUAAUAAUAUGUAUAUUAAUUAUUAUAUAUUUUUAAUAAGAGAAAAUCAAAAGCACAGCGUGAUAUGUAAUGUAUAGUGGUAGUGUAAGCGCGGAAGAGCGCGUCGCCGCCGCCUCCCGUAGUGAUGCGAAAUACACUUUACUUAUCGAUAAAGUGUCGAUGUUCGUGCUGGUCGGGCCGUCGGCGGCGCGCGGCGCGGCGGCGUGCGGCGGCGAGCGUCGAUCUCCCCUCACCCCUCUGUCGCCCGCCCCCCACCCGCGCGCCCUCCGCACUUACCUUCGUUCUAUGAUCAUUGUUUGUAUUUUAUUAUUGGAUGUUUGAAUGAUUGUGAAUCGCGAUGGUUGUCCGCGUGAGUGGCGCGGCGGCGCCGGUGCGCUCCCUAUGAUCUCAGUCGCCGCCGCGCGUGUGAUACUGAUAACCCUGAUAGGUUUAGUCUUAGGUAUUAUUUUUUUUUUGUUUGUUUCGAGUUUGAUUCUAUUCUGGAGUUGCGUAGAGUUUUGUAUUUUCACGUAUCGUAACUGUAUUUGUUCGGGGCGAUCGAUUCGGUCCGGAAAUGUGUACGUUUUUUUUUUGUAUUCGACCAGCGUAGGCAGGGACGUAAUGAGUCCGAGCGGCGUCAGGUCUGGCCAUUAAUAAAAUCGUACAUUUGUUUGUGAUACUACUUUUGUAAUGUAUAAAAUUUUAUGAUGAAAAAGAAAUAUACUUUAUAUGAACGAGAGAACACGCAUGCAGAUGUAGUAAUAAAGGCGUAGAGGGCGCAGUGAGCGGCGGGAACGCCUCUCCCCGCACCCCCUACCCCGUAAAGAUCUCAGAUUAUAUUAAUAUAGUUAUAUAUUAUAAUAAAAAAAAAGUAUUAAGUUAUUUAAGUUAAUAUAAAGAUUGUAAUUUUUUUGUAAUAUUGUUUUUUCUAAUGGCGCGCAUUGCCGCGUUGCGAGUCCAGUGGGUGCGAGUCGGUACUAACAGUACACGAGCGUGAAUGUGUGAUGACGAGGUGUCGAGCAGCAGUGGAAUGCAUUUCCUUGAACCAGUGUGUGAACUACAUUAAAUGUAUGAACGAUAGGCUCGCCGUUCCCGAACGGAAUCCACUGAAUGUUUUGUAUUCUGUAUAGGGUUCAGUGUUUUAAACGCACAAUAUCAUAGUACUAGAUGUGUCACUACUCAUCGAUGAAACAUGUAAAAAAAAUACCACGUUUACUUCUAAAAUGUCGACAUAUACAAAAGAACUAACAAUAAUGAUAAUAAGAAUAAUAAUAAUAAAAAUAAUAAGAAUAAUAAUAAUAAUUGUAAAAUGUGUAUAAUAUCAAUUGUUUAUAAUUGAUAUUUAUUUGAUAGACAGUAAAAGAAAAUGUAGAAAAAAAUUGAAGAGUAAAAAAAAAUACAUAGUUUCAAAAAAUA